AUGCACCGGGCCGAGUCGCACCCGCCGCGGCAGACGCAUCACGAUGCUGAGCUCCUGCACAAGUACAUCCGCCGGUUCCAGUGCACGGGAUCGGGCGGCAAGCCGUUUGGCCAGGGCCCGCUCGCCUCGUACCGCACCUCGUGGUGCGGCGGCAUGGUCAACAUGGCUGCGUUGCAGAGCAAGCCGUCGGAGCAGUCGAUCUCGUUUGUCUGCCCCUGCCCGGGCUGCGGCUACUCUGCGCCCUCGUCCGAGGACCUCAUCCAGCACCACCACUACGCCCACACCCACCAGCAUGCCGAGCCGAGCUCUGCGUGGGCGCUCUGGACGCGCUAG